GACAAGGGUGUGCAUUACGCAUUUGCUUUGCGAAUCAGAGCCGACUUUAAACAAUUAUUGUGGUCUCCAGCCGGUCGCCCCUGAUCCGAGGUUGCCGCCAACGCCGAGCUUGGGUCACCAGCCAGCCGGACCAUGUACGCCACCAACAAUGGCGGCACGAACAAGGCGCCAAAUAGCAAUGCCACCGCCAUGUUCGAGAACACCAUCACAGUGACGCCAAUUAAGAUGGAGCUGAACCAGGGCUACGCCAAGAAUCCCCAACAAAAUCCCUCCAUGCAGCGGAGGACGCCCAAUGCAGUGGUGGUCACCAGCUCCUCCGCCGCCGUCGCUGCGCCACAGCAGCAGGGGGUUCCCCUGGGCAGCUGCACCCUGGUGAAUCCCAGCAUGAGCGUGACCAUGGCCACCGCCGCCUCCGCCUCCGCUUCUCCAGGAGGAACUGGAGGAGCUAGUGGUGCCCCCGCCAAGGAGAAGCCCACCAAGGCCACGCGCAACCAGGUGGCCCGCAAACCGCCGCCCACCAUCGACAAUUUCUGGCCAAAUAUCGUCAGCGAAGUGCAUGGCAUUGGUCAGGUGGAUGCCAAGCACCAGGUUCUUCCACUGGCGAGGAUCAAAAAGAUCAUGAAGCUGGACGAGAACGCCAAAAUGAUUGCCGGCGAGGCGCCGCUGCUCUUCGCCAAGGCCUGCGAGUACUUCAUCCAGGAGCUGACCAUGCACGCCUGGGUUCACACCGAGGAGAGCCGGCGGCGGACGCUCCAGCGCUCGGAUAUUGCCCAGGCCAUAGCCAACUACGAUCAGUUCGAUUUCCUCAUCGACAUUGUGCCGCGCGAGGAGAUCAAGCCGUCGGCCUCCUCCUCCUCCGCCUCCUCCUCCUCGGCGGCGGCGGCGGCGGGGCAAAAAGGCAAGGAUAGCAGCUCCGGUUCCAUUUCCACCAGCGCAGCUGCAGCAGCCACUGCUUCCAGUAACGCCUCCAGUGCUUCAGUGGCUGCUGGCUCCUCUGUGGCCAGCGGAUCCAACGUACCUGCCGCGGGAAAGCUGGAUAAUACGGGAGCAGCCAGUGCCGCCGAGGUUCUGGGAUUCAGCACCGUCAAUCCGGACAUCUUCUCGGCGCAACUGCAGCAGCAACAGCAACAACAGCAGCAGCAGCAGCAUCACCAGGCGCAUCCGCAGCAGGUACAGAUCAUCCAGCAGGGCGCCGGUGGCCAGCAGCUGCAGUACUUCAUUGCGCUGCCCGGCCAGCAGGCGGCACAAUUGGUGCAACAGCAGCCGCAGCCCGCCCAGAACCAUCUGUCCAAUAGUCUGGGCAUCAACAUCGUCUCUGCCCAGCAACCCACGCAGCAGUUGAUCCUCACCGCCGGUCCCAAUGGCCAGUUGACGGCCACUCCAGCGCCCCAAACGGCGCAGCAGCAGCAGACCGCUCUGCUCCAGAAUCUCGCCCAGCAGCAGCAGCAACAUCAGCAGCAGCAGCAACAGCAGCAGAUUCAGCUACUCCAGCAGGUGGUCACGCCCACGGGGGAGCUGACCAAUGUGCCGAUUGCCAUCAAUGCCAGCCAUUUGCAUCUGCUGCAGCGCCUGCAGAUGCAACAGCAGCAGCAACAGCAACAGCAGCAGCAACAACAGCAGCAGCAACAGCAGGUGAUUAUACCCACCCAACUGCUGACGGCACAGCAGUUGCUCCAAUUGGGAGCCUCGCCCACGGUGGCCCAUCAGCAGCAGCAGGUGCAACAGCAACAGCAGCAGCAAGUCCAAGUGCAAGUCCAACAGCAACAUGCCAAUCUCAGCCAGAGCAAUGCCAAUGCAACGCCGAUCUUCAUCAAUGCCCAGGCGGCGACGCAACAGCAGCAGCAGCAGGCGGCGCAACAGCAGCAUCAGCAACAGCAGCAGCAGCAACAACAGCAACAGCAGGCGCAAACGAUCUCCGGCGGAUUUCGGUAAAAGCUCGAAGAAUCCUGGUUAACCGGACAGUUGGCAAUCAUAUCGAAGCAUCGGGAGGCAUUGGAAUCGGACAUUGAUUGCGCCAUCCAGCACAAACAAACACACACAAUGUAUAAUAUUAUAGUUUACGUAGUUGUAUACGGAUUUUGUAUAUCGGGAGGAGAUUAUAUAUAGCUAGUGUCUAAGUCGUAGGCAUCUCUCUCUGUGUAGAAACGAUUUAUCAAUUGUAAUUUAUUGCUGACACCUGGCCGCAGGUUUCACCAUCCUCCCAAAAAAAAACACCGCCACCUAAAACCUAAAACCUAAACCACUUUUAAACGUAGCACUUAGACAGAGAAGAUUGGUUUAUUAUGUAUUUGUACUUCUAACUAAGCUAAGCUCUGAUAAACAAUUAUAAGCCACCAAGGACUAUGUGCCAGAAA